UCCGCACCUCACACAAAGACAAAGUCGACAGAAACGGGCGGAAAGUCUAGGGUAAGCGCAAAGCGACAAGUCGAAUGCUGCCUCGGAGCGACUCCCACACACGCAGAGCGUCGAGACGCGUCGGGAUGCGUCGGUGGGCACCAUGAGCGCCGCCACCACUACCAGUGUUGCCACGAGUGUCCGUUCCCGCUAUCGUCCAGUACCACCACCAUUGCCAUACUCGUCACGAGUCUGGCGUUCAUCGACUGUGGCCAGCAGCGAACGGCAUGCGUUCCCACCCGAGUAUCACCGGAAUUCGAAAUCCAGAUCUGUGCGCGAGGUAGUGUACCGCGCGUCGUAGAACCUCGGUUAAUACGGACGCGGAGAAAUCGGUACGCAGUAAGGUUCGGCCGCGAGUGAGACGCAGCACAGCGAGAGCAUCGGUUGGAGGUAGGCAAGGUGCACGGGCGACGAACGUCUGGACAACCUCCUCGGCAGUGACCGAGAGCGAUCCGGAUGGUCAGUCGCGAAGACGCCCGUCGAGACGACGAAGAGGCCAUGGACGCGAGAAGGAAGCCGAAGGAGAAACGGAGGAGUAACGAAAAGAGGAAGGAGAAGUCCCGGGAUGCGGCUCGUUGCAGGAGGAGCCGGGAAACCGAUAUCUUUACGGAACUGGCUGCGGCACUUCCGGUUCCGCCAGAUCAGGCUGCGCACCUGGACAAGGCCAGCAUCAUGAGGCUCGCCAUUGCCUACCUCAAGGUCCGGACCGUGGUCAGUGCCGCCAUCCCGGAACCCUUGGCCAAAUCGGAGCCCAACGCCGAGAUCGACGAGCUCUUCCCAAAGGCGCUCGACGGGUUCGUCCUGGUCCUCUCAGGCAUCGGCGACGUCGUCUAUCUCUCCGAUAACGUUCAGGAGUACCUUGGAAUAUCACAGAUGGACAUGAUGGGGCAGAGCGUGUACGAGUACAGCCACCCUUGCGAUCACGACGAGCUUCGGGAUUAUCUCUCGACGAAGCUCCCCGAGGACGGCGAGAAGAAACCCUGCAGCUUCUUCUUGAGACUCAAGUGCACCCUGACCAGCAAGGGGAGGAAGGUCAACCUGAAGAGCGCCUCGUACAAGGUCAUCCACUGUGUCGGGCACUUGAUGGCGCUCCAAGGCGCGUACUCCUCGGAAGAGGAACCCGAAGACCGCGAGGACGGAUACGAAAGGGACUCCGGGGCGUGUCUUGUCCUGGUGGGGUGUCCCAUACCUCACCCGAGCAACAUCGAGGUCCCCUUGGGCCGCCACACUUUCUUGUCGAAGCACAGUCUCAGCAUGAAGUUCACCUAUGCCGACGAUAAGCUGGCCGAGUUCCUGGGAUGGGAGAGCAACGAGCUGGUCGGUCGCUCCGUCUUCGAGUUCUACCAUGCCCUGGACAACCUGGCGCUCGACAAGUCCUUCAAGUCCCUGUUCAGCAAGGGCCAGUGCGAGACGGUGGCUUAUCGGUUCCUGGGGAAAAAGGGCGGGUACGCGUGGGUCGUCACCCAGGCGACUCUCAUCCAUUGCUCCAAACAGCACAAGCCCCUCUCCGUCGUCUGCGUCAAUUACAUCCUAAGCGGGGUCGAGCGAGAAGAUGAGGUGUACAGCUCCUGUCAGCUGGAGGCCCGCUCCUGUCCGGGGUCCCCGAAGGAGCCGACCGUCCUGGCGACCAACCUGAACGGGUGUUCCCUGCCGGAGCUCCUGCCGACGGAGCCGUCGCUCCUGCCCCCGAUCGAGGCCCAGCCUCCGGAGGUCGGCGAUCCGCUUAUCCUGGAGCAGGCGGCGACCGCGAGCUUGCUCUUCGGCCAGGAGGAGGUCCAGGAAGAGGUCCCGGAGUUGGCCGAGGAGGCCUUCCCUGGGCCGGUCCCCGUCACCAGGGAGAUCUUCUGCAGGACCGAGGCCUCGAAGAAGCCGGAAGAGGAACGGCAAACAAGGGACCGCCUCGAGGAACUGGCCGAAGCGGCGCCGAAGCGCGCCAAGGACUUCCUCUUCCAGGGCAAACCCGUCCUGGAGUACGACCCUGCGGUGCAUCGUUCUCGGCCCCAGGCGGUCACCAGGAGUCUGUUCGUCCCGACUCCUAUCCAGGAACAACCCAGCAGACCUCCACCUCAGACCGCGACGGCCACCAUCUUCGCCCCUCGCACCGAGGACAUGAACAAGGGUUUCCUCACCUUCAGCGAGGACCAACCAGGCCUGACCAUGCUCAAGGACGAGCCGGAGGAUCUUACUCACCUGGCCCCCACGGCCGGCGACGUCUGCGUCCCCCUGGAGGAUCCGCCCUUCCUCUCGGACAUGCUGGACGAGUUCAUGCUCGGGAACGAGAACUACUGCCCUCUCCUGAGCCCGGGCCUCUCGACGGAAUUGCGCACCUCCGACCUGGGCGAGUCCUUGAAGGACUCCGACCCUGGGGACUGCGCCGACUGCGGAAACGUGCCCGGGGAUCGACUCGGCGGUACCGUCGCCGAUGGCGAUCCCUUCAUCUACAGGGACUCCUGCAGUCCCUGCAGCCUGAGUCCGGAUCUCCUGUCGCUGGCUCUCAGCAAGAGUCCGGAGCGAAGCGUGGACUCGCUUUGCAGCCCUAACGACAGCGGCGAAGGCCUCUCCGAGGACGAGAUGCUCUACCUCAGCAUCGGGGACGUGAUGGCGGACGACGAGCUGGCCCUAAGGGCGCCCUACAUCCCGAUGUCCGACCAGGACGAGACUCUUCAGCUCCUGAUCAGCGACGACAUGGUCAUGUGGGGUCCGUCCCAGCCCGAAGACAAGAGGUCCAAGUGUUUCAGGGAUCACCCGAGUAAAGGAACCCGGGGGACCGACUCCAGCCUGGCGCAGCUGCUCAGGUCGGAUUCCGAGACCAGGAAGUACAACGACCAUGGCGGAGGGCUCGUCGACCCUGCCCAAGUCCUCGACCAGGUCUACAGAAAGAGUCCCGGGGAGAGGUCCUGGCCGGAGAAGAAGGCAGACCAACCCCGAGGAGGCGACCGGUCGAACAAACGGGUCCACGCCGCCUCGACGAACCCUGAAAACGAGAACAAGAGGAUCCGGUGCGAGGAGGUGGCGGCUCGCAGGAGCCCCAAGGAUCCGGGGACGCCUUGCCAGGAGGAGCAGCAGACCGAGUCGCUGUCGCUGCCUCGGGGCAGUCAACUCCUGCAGCAGCUGAUGUCGCAGCAGGUCCCCAAGUCGCGCUCCCGGUUAGGGCCCAAGGACGACGAGGGUGGAGGGGAGGGCGGGGGCGGCCUCGAGGACGGUCCACCACCCGCGAAGGCCUCCACUGCGCAACCGACCUCGCCCUCGCCCUCCCAGCAGUCCAGCAGCGUUCUCAUGAACCUCCUGGUGUCCGGCUGCGACAACGUCGUCCCUGAUCCACAUAUCCGGCUGGCGUCCUCAUGGCGAAGCCCGCUGUCGCCAUUGAGCGUAGCUCUCGAGGAGUCACGUGGUCAGCCACGUGGUCAGCCACGCGGUCAGUCACGUGGCCAGUCACGUGACCCGCCCACGUGGCCGGGUGACGUUUCGCUGGACCACCUCAGCCCGGACACCCGGAAACAGCUCGUCAACUCCCUGGCUACCAACAGGAAACUCUUCCUAAAGGCCGAGUCGAGGACCCUGGACUCCACGACCUUGUCUUUUGACAACUUCGAGUUCGACGUGGGACCGUUCAACCCGGGCCUCCUUGAGACCGCCGAUCUUCUCAGGCCCUUGGACCGGAGCCUGGUCUAGGUGCCUCCUCGAGAAUGUUAUUAAAAUUAAUACGGUAUCGCAUGUUUGUACGGGAAAUCGUUGAUAUAUAUAUAUUUACCCUUUGUCAGCCUCUGGAGGGUAUGGUGGAAUAUCGGUAAUGGCCAUCUCGACUUGGGGUGAUGGGUUUGUUUCGGGCCUUGAAAAUUAUUUCGUUAAGAUUUGUAUGUACAGGAAUGAUUACAUACGGGGAAGUCUCUUUGGGGAAUUUACACUCUGUAUUUUUCGAGGGUGGCCGUUUGCGACGAGCCAAAUUGACGAUUUUGCAACUUGAGAUCGAGUCCCGAUAUUGAGGGUAAUCGCGUUAAGUAAUCCUCGAUUAAGAAUUUUAAUUCCAAUGCCUUGAAAGUCUUACAGUUUGAACGAGUACUUGAAUAUCUGAAGGACCCUUCUCUAGUUGUGUAAGAAUAUGCGAUACCGUAUAAAAGGAAAUUCCCCUCGUCCCCGCUCGGUGUCGAGGAACGCGCGGAGCCAAUUACCCGUUUAAUUGUACAUUUAUAUUAUUACGUUACCUACAGAUUUUAUUAACACUAGUUGAACCGAUUAGAUUAUAUUAUGUUUCUCUUGCGUCUAAGGGAGCGUCUCGACGCCUCGCGUUUUAAAUCGCGCGUCGAGCUUAAGGAUUGACGGAUAAGCCGAGAGUUUCCGAGUGUACUCCGCGCGACCGUAGAAGCCGGCGUUGAGGAUUAAUUCGAUCCUCGGUCCGAGGAGUCGUUUCAGCGAGGCGUCGGUCAUUUCUCGACAUCCGAGGAGGAAAGUCGACUAUGACAAGACGACAAGAUCUUGGAGGGAAGGGUUUGCAAGGAAGCGGGAGGAAAAAAAAGGAAUAAAAGUGCUCCGGAAUGAUAAGACGCGUCUCGCGCUGCCCUUCCGAAAAUAUGGUGGGGCCUUCUAGGAAUAAUUCUGCGCGUCUCCAUUGGUACGUGGUGCAAGGAUAUCGAAGCUCGUAAAUAAGCUUCGCCCUUUUCUAAACUGACCCGAUAUUUUUUGAUAAUUUUUAGAUGAUGUAUUAUCAAAUAAAUAAGGAAAAUGUAUAUCCAAA